UAGUAGAUAACCGCUGGUAGGACGCGACACACUGUGCGCACGUUUUUGUCGGCGAUAUAAUUUUGACAACUUACUCACGACUUGCCGACCUCGUGAUAUUCCAAUACGAUCCUCGGCGAUUUAUUAUCGACAGACGUGUAAUCGUCGACCGCUAUUGUUUCGUCAGUCAACCUAGUUGCAGCACAACAUCAACGUGAUUCCGGCCGUAAAACCUUUCGCAUAUCUGUUUGGAAAACGAAUAGCGUUUGUUGUUUUUCGUUAUUUUCGCAUUUGGUCUCACCGCCAACUUUUAAGCACCUCGAUCAGCCCAGCGCUUACAAUGGUAUUACAGUACACAAGCACUGCCGUUGACCCACCUGUAACAUUGCUAAGAGGUGUAGACAGCUAUGAAAAUGAUGAACUGAUUGAAAAUAUGUUACCCGAAGAUGUGUGGUUUCAUGUGGAUAGCCUCUCAUCAGCACAUGUGUAUCUGAGGUUAAAAGAGGGACAAACAAUUGAUGAUAUACCUAAACCAUUGUUAGAAGAUGCAUGCCAAUUAGUUAAAGCAAACAGUAUUCAAGGAUGCAAAUUAGCUGAAGUUAAGGUAGUCUACACAAUGUGGUCAAAUCUUAAAAAGUUACCAGGCAUGAAACCUGGAGAAGUGUCGUUUCUGAAUCCUAGUAGUGUGAUAAAGGUUAAUGUGAAAAAAGAGAAGACCAUUGUUAAUAGAUUACAAAAGACCGAAAAAAGUAUAGUAAUUGAUUACGAGAGUGCAAGAGCUGACAGGGAACGAAGAGAAAUUGAGAAGAAGAAAGCAGCAAGAAAAAUUAAUUUAGAAAACAAAAAAGAAGAAGAGCGAAGGAAUCGCGAAGCUGCCGAACUAAAGUCUUACUCAUCUCUAAUGAAAACGGAAAAUAUGACAGCCAACACUGAUUACUCCGGCUAUGAUUCAGAUAGUUUUAUGUGAACAUAAAAAAAAAUUA